CAACCCCGCCUGCCGGUUUGUUCAGUAGUUACUGAGGAAGAUGGUGGACUUGGCGACAGCAGCGUGCUCAAAACUCCGUCCCAAACACUUUGGAAAAUACUCAUUAUCUCAACCUGGUGUUAGAUAUAGAUUACCGGGGGACAAUCAUAGAUAAUACAUAUUUAAAGCCGUUGAAGAAAGUGACUUUUUCGCCACCGGACAACUCUUUAUUGUGCUGACUGAAGAAAGCGGGGAGUUGCUGAACGUGCUGUGGUCGGCUGCUCGUAAAGGACGCUAGCCAACGGCAGGCAAAGUGUCAACCAAAGUGUGAGAGAAGGUGUAAUUUUGGGAGCUUUUUUUUACUCGGCUGUUAAGAUAAACCACGGAGACCUUGCAGCCUUCUGCUGCUGCCACCUCCACAACAACUGUCACAUCUGCGAGGAGCGGACUUGACAGUUGGACUAAAACCAGGCUAACUUCAGCUAGCUAACCUCAGCUAGCUUUGUUGUGAACUGUGGAUCAAAGCGCUAUUCAAAAUGCCACGGAGUAAAAAGGGGAAACGUGGCUCUGGCAAACCCGGUAUGAAAAAUGGGGUGAAAGGAGAGUCUGGUGCCAGCGAUGAUGAGUUGAUGUCUGAUAUUCUCAGCCACUGUAGCAGUGCCAGUGAAAGCACCUCUGUACUGGACGAAGGCACAGGAGGGGAGCAGGUGGAUGAGCUGACUGCCCAGGAGGAAACAGAAGACAAACUCAAGCAGUGUAUAGAAAACCUGAUGGAUAAGAGUGCAAAGACGCGUCUAGCAGGUCUCGAGUCAUUGCGACAAGCCUUCUCCUCCAAAGUGCUGUACGACUUCCUCACAGAGAGACGCCUCACCGCCAGCGACUGCCUUGAAAGAAGCCUUAAAAAAGGCAGCGCAGAGGAGCAGGCAGCAGCAGCCACAGUCUUCACCCUGCUCUGCAUCCAGCUCGGGGGUGGAGACGAAGCAGAGGAGGGCUUCAAGAUGCUUCGACCCAUCCUCACCGCUAUUCUGAUUGACAGCACUGCCAGCAUGGCAGCCCGCCAGAGUUGUGCCAGAGCUUUGGGGAUGUGCUGUUAUGUCUCUACAGCUGAAGAAGGAGAGGACUUGAUCAAGUCGUUGGCCCUUCUGGAGAGCGUGUUCAUGUCUUCCUACCCCAACAGAGAAGGAACGUUACCCACACCCAAACCCGGCAGUCCAGGGCUCCACACUGCUGCCCUGCAGGCCUGGUCUUUACUCGUCACCCUCUGUCCUGCAUCCAGACUGACUGUGCUGCUUGACCUUCACCUCCCCAAACUGCAGGCGUGCCUUGAGAGCAAUGACGUCAACUACAGGAUAGCAGUGGGAGAGACCAUCGCCCUGCUGGUGGAGCUGGGACGAGAUGUAGACGAGGACUUCGAGGUGGAGGACAGUGAAAGUCUGUGUGAGUGUCUGAAGAGUUUAGCCACAGACGGCAACAAGCACAGAGCCAAGAACGACAGGCGGAAACAGCGUUCCAUCUUCAGAGAGGUUCUUCAUUACAUAGAGAAUGAAGACUUCAGCGUGGAGAGGAUCAGGUUUGGAGUGGAGAGCGUUUACAUCGACAGCUGGAUGAGGAGAAGAAUCUACGAUGCCUUCAAAGAGAUCCUGGAGUCUGGAGUCAGACACCAUCUACAGUUCAACCCACUACUGAGAGACAUCUUCGGACUUGGCGCGCCCCUCAUCCUGGACUCUACUGUCAAAGGCAACAAGAUCUCUCGAUUUGAAAAGCAUCUUUUCAACUCAGCUGCCUUCAAGGUCAGGACUAAACAGAGGAAAAAAGUCAGGGACAAACGGGCUGACGUCAUGUGAGAGGAGGACGGGGAUGGAGUGAAUGGAUGAGUAUACAAGGAACUCCUUGGGCUAUGUUGAGAUGGAAACAAAACGAUGCCUUCAACACUUCAGCUGUCAGACUGUCAACAGGGCUUUUUCACUUGUGCUCUUCACCUGCAAACAAAUACUACACAGUCAAGACGGCCAACAUUUAAUCUAAGCUUUAAUCUAAGGCAAACAACAAGCAAUUUUACUGUUCCUCCUUAAAAAAAAAAAAUGCUGUUUUGCAACAAUUGAUCACAGUAUUUUUCAAAUGCAGAUUCUUCAUGUAAACUGUAAAACCUUUUUAACUUUGGAUUGAAACAACUUGAACUUAAUUACACAGAUGAGUAAAAAGGGGGAUCUUCAGUUAUAUAAAAAAAAACAAAGAAAGUAAAGUAUUAAUCUCAUUGUGACUCAUUUAUUUAGGAGCUUUAUGGUACAUUUGAGAUCUGCGAAGGCCGUCCAUGUUUGGUGCUGAUGGGUAUUGUUUCUGAUACUCAGUUUGAACAGCUGCCUGGUGCCUUGACAGGGCAGUAAAGUCUUUUAAAAUCCUAAUUAUAAACUUCAGUUUCCACAUAAAGCUGCUCUUCCACGACAUAACCAGUCCCGGUUAGUCUCAGAAGUUUAACCUCUGAAGUCUAAUGUUCGAGACUCAACUUCUGUAAGAAAAAGCAAAAAAAAAAAAGGGCCACAGAAGCGAUCAGGAAAAUCUUUCCUCUACUCUCGGCCUCGUUAUUCCAUCAGUCGUCCGCUCUUUUUACACCCAGAGUGGCUUCUUCAGCUGCCAAACCAGAAACUGACAAAACAAUGCAACCCUAAAAUAAAAUGUGUGGUGUUUGUGUGAGUGUGUUUUAAUUAAAUUUUAAUUUAACACCAUGAAAUAAAACCACAUCAACAGGAAGAUCCUUAAUAAAGAAAAUCAAUUCAAAGGGGUAAUAUUGUCAUCUUUGUAUGAAUAUUUUUUGAGAGGAAAAUGCAUUUGAAACAUUUCUGGUGGAUAACUGUAUUUUACCUUCUAAUUUAUUAAAAGAGCAGUACUGUGUGAUUUUUAAGGAACUUUAAAAAACGCUAAGAACUGUUUACAGACACCAAUAUGGGAUGAUAAGAAGAAUUUCUAGUUUUUUUUCAUGUAUAUUUUUAAUGAGGGUUGGUGGGUCAUACAAUCUAUCCAUGUGCAUGUAUUGCAGAUAGACUGAACAUAGGGAUUAAUGGGAAGAAGUGUACUUGAAUCUUUAGAUGCAUUUGAAUGAUUUUCCCUCUGAUGAGCAGUAAAACCCUGCAGGCCACGAACCAGAGCUGCUGGUCAGAAGUUUGACAGUAUUGUUUGUAAUGGUUGGUCAGACGUUUUUGAUUAUAUUCAAUUUACAAUAGUGAAAACUUCUCAAAAGCUUCUGUUGUUAAACUAGAUGUGACCCACUGGAUGAAGUGCAACAACUGGCCUCCUGUAUUACAGCUUCAACAAACUGUCUCAUCAUUGGUUCUGGUGUUACAGCACAUGGACAUAUGAUGGAUCAAAUGAAAUAAAGACUAUUUAAGCA